GACACUGAUUUGUGCCUAGAUUUUGAGGUGCUCUCAAACUACUGCCUUGCCUGUAGCCGACAUAAAGACUUGGGUACUGAUGAGGAAAUAUGGCAGGCAUUUCACAGUCCCGUUUGUGAAAAAAACACAGAGUGCUCCUCUCAUGCUAUGGAGACUGAGGCAGCUUUGCGUAUAUGGAGGAGGACGCCAUCAUACGAGACACCAUUGCGCCUCACGAAGUUCCUCAGUGAUGGGGAUAGCAAAGCAUACACUGCUGUUGCUGAAGUCAAGGUGUAUGGUGAACUAGUUGUGGACAAGGAGGAAUGCACAAAUCACGUAGCCAAGCGUCUAGGCACUGCACUUAGGAAGCUUCCAACACGACUUCCACGUGGAGAAAAGUUGAAAGAUGGCACAAUUCAGAAGCUGCAGAACUAUUAUCGCAUUGCUAUAACCACCAACAGGGGUGAUCUCCUGAAGAUGUAUCGUGCUAUCUGGGCAUCAUACUUUCACUCAUCAUCCAGCAACACUGCAGGCAGCCACAGAUACUGUCCGGAAGGGGCGACUUCCUGGUGCAAACACAGGCGAGCUGAAGCUCUUGGGGAGCCUACACCAGACCACACCCCAAUCCUCACAAAGGCUCAGGGGUUGGCUGUGCUUCCUAUAUAUAAGCGCCUCACAGAUGAAAAACUGCUGGUUCGCUGUCUACAAGGAAAGACCCAAAAUGCUGCAGAAUCUUUGAACAGCAAAAUCUGGCUUCUCUGUCCGAAGACUAAUGGUAUCUUCGACUGGUCGCCUCGGAGCGCUCUAGAUCGCUCUCGCGAGCGGCGUUGUCUUCGGCUGGUUGAAAGAGGGUGCGCGCCUUGCGUUCGGCUGGUUCUUUUCGAUCGCUCUCCUCCCGCGUCGAGCGCUCUGAGGCGCCCCGCGCCCUGCAAAAUCAGCAGCAAUGCGACAGCAGCUACUGACUUCACCUACUUGGAUGAUGGCACUGAAGCGUCUCUUAGUCUUCUUAGUGCCAACAGCAACUCUGAGAUGAAAGAUCUUCAGGACCAAUUGGAUGAGCUGCUCGAUGUGUGCGACUCGGACAUGAGGGUCAUGCACACUGAGCCACGGUUCGCUGGCUGA